AUCGCCUGCGUGGUGGCCGGACCAUCCCUGGGUCAAGAGUGCUCCGCGGAGAAAAUGGAAAACACCAUCAUCGAUAUAAACUUAUCUCUGCCCAAAGGCGUCCGGGGCGCAGAGCCGGUGUUCGCCCCCAGCCCAGAGGCUUGCAUUGGCGCUUGCUGCUCGGGGGAAAAGCUGUCAGGAGACAAGAAGUGUAAUUUCAUGGUUUUUGAUGCUCGAAGGACAAGCACACAUCCAAACUGCUACCUGUUUUACUGCCCUAGCACAGACGCUUGUCCGAUGAAACCUGCGACAACAUUUGUGAGCUACAAGAUAGCUAGAGACACCCAUGCCCUGGAGGAUACAUCCUUCAAAAGUGAGAACUUUUCUUCAAAUGGAAAUUCUUUGCCUUCCGAUGCUGGAGCCUUUAUUUCUCGCAGUCAGACUAGCCAUGAGAGUGGUACCGCUGCUUUGCAACAAUCUGUUUUUCAUCAGACAUCUGAACUCCAGAACCACAUGGCCAAGCAUUUAGACAACACUGAAUUUCAUACUUUUUUCCCUGAAUCUCAAAGGGCAAAACAUCCUGAGAGCGUAGACACCAUCCCAAGGCAGAAAGUAAUUAACCUGCCACCAAAUACGUCUUCUGCUGUUCACACUGGAAACCCUUCUGUUUCAUUCCCCACCACUCAGUCUAGUGUUCCUGAACCCAACACUACUACUCUUACUACCCUGCCUACAAGUACCACCCGACUGGAAUCUCAUACAACCUCUCUGCACCCUGCUGGUGCUAAACCUACUAUUGCCACCACCACCACAGCUACCUUUCUGCCUACUGUGACUACUAGAGCUAAACCUGGUAUCCCUGCUCCCAGCAUCACUGUUACUCAUGUUCUUCUUUCCAGUUCCACAACUUCUUCUUCUACAACCAAACAAGUGACAACAAAUUCCAGAUCUGCUACCGCCCCAUCAGAACUAAGAACUCCAGCCAUCCCUCCUGAGUCAACAGUUGCCUCUUCCAACGAUACCAGCCAUGUUACUCUUCUCUCUUUUUCAGGUUUCAUUCUGUCUACUAGUGAUUCCCCCACGGCUUCCCAAAAUGACCUUCAGGGUUAUGACUCCUCUGAUUCAGAAAGCUAUCUGCCAGAGAGUGUUCUGAGAGAGAAAGGUGUCAUUCAGCUGGCAGAAAAAAGCAGCCUCGUAGCAGCUUUGCUUUUUGGGGUGAUACUCUUGUUGCUAGUUAUUGCACUGACCGGGAAGAAAAUACAUGAAUCUCUUCAGAAGAGGCAUUAUACCAGGCUGGAUUACUUGAUCAAUGGAAUGUAUGCUGAUGUAUGA